CUGAUGCACAACUGGAGGCGGCCGGAAAGCGAACGUUCCUGUCACGAACUCGUCAGUCGGUGCACAUGGCCAGAUUUCACCGGUGAAGAUAAAUAAGCGCACUUGUGCACGGAUGGAUUUCACUCAUCACCACUCCAGUCCUAAAUUUGACACAACUCUCGUCCCUCUGGAGGUUCUGGGAAGGGCCACUUCACUGGAAUAUUGUCCUUGGUGUACUUCGAAGGGCUUCACUUUUUCUUUGCGCUCCUACCGUGUCAACUUCGAGGAGUCAAUCAUCCUCUGCACAAACCCACAGUGCCUUUUCCCACUGGUCUCCCAGCCCUUGGAGGACAUUUUGGCUAGCUUGGAUCCUGUGGAGCCCACUGUUAGGAACAAAAGAAAAAAAUCUGUUGCACUGGAAAAGGAAGAGCUAACUAAACUUCCACUUAAACGCCUGCGAUCAAGCGAAGCAGAGGAUCUUGAGCCACAAAGUGGUACUGACAGUCCUGUUAGCCCAGCAGAGCAAUGUGCUGUAAAUCCUGUCAGAAAUGGUCUACAUGCAACACCUGAGGCUGAUGGUAAACAGGUUAAUAGAUACCACGAGGCUUCUCCGGAUGUAGAGUCAACAGGAUGGGCUUCACUACAAAAAGAGGGUGUUCAAGAGCGGGGUCCAGACCGGGUUGAGCAUACAUACAACCUUACUCCUACAUAUUCGCCCUCAGUUGGUCACUUGUCAGACAUUUUGUUGUUGACUGCUGAUAAAGAUAAGUCUGCACCCUCUCCUAACUUUGAUGGUUUGGAUAUAAUAGAGGGUGGCCUUGUACAGAAAAGUCCUCCUGUGCCAGAGUCAGACAAGCUUGUAUUUGUUCCAAAGCAGUUGUUCUGGGGUAACAGUGACAACCUGUGUUGGCUGGACUCACUGCUUGUUGCUUUGGUAAACUGUAAGAGCUUGAAGUUCAAACCUGAAGAUGAGCCUCAGUGGUCGACUGUGUGGCAGCUGAUGAAAAGAUAUGAAGCCAUCUGUACUUCUGUCCAGGAGCAACAGCUGAUAAACAAAGAUGGUGUUCCAAGGGUCCCGAGUCAUGUGCUGCACAAGGCCAGCGCUGACCUGCAGAGUCUCAGGAUGUCGGUCUUCAAUCAGUUGCAGCCCAAACUGCACUGCAAACUGGGUCAAAUGGAAACUCCUGUGUUUGCCAUGCCACUUCUGCUCACAAUGGACUCCUGGGUGGAGUGUCUUUUCAAGACGACCUUUCACUGGGAGUUCAAAUGCAGUGAAUGCAAAGUUAUCACAAAAGAAAAGUAG